GAUUGAAAACACAUUAUUUAUGAUCGAAGUUCGAAUCUCACUUUCCCAACCCCUUUCAAAAAAGAGAAUCUCAUGAGGGAAAAUGGAUGAUUACCGUUUGAAGGAAUCACAUUCCAAUUUCUCACUUAUUUUAUGGUAACCACUAACCACAUGUUAAAGAAUUGAAAUCACCCAUUUUGAUUUCAAUUCUGAGCUUUUAUUUUUAUUUUUUUUGGCCAAACCAAACGGCCCUUAAAGUUGGGAAUCGACCUCUAGUAGUAGCGUACAAAAUAUGCAAAAGGUAAAGAGUCACCGUUAGUGGAAAUUGGAAAGAGAGACUCACUCCUAAACCGUCCCCACCGUCCAGCGAAAGAUCAUUCCACGGCCAGUGGCUGGUCCUGCAAAGACUUCCAAGUUUCAAACUGCGAAGUGCCAGCCACCCAAAGCCCACAAAAAUAAUCCACAGAACCAAUAAGUAGCCCUCCUAACACUGCAUAAUAAUCAAUAAUCUACUAGUACCUACAAAAAAGGAACCAUUCUUGUAAUAUUUUACACACUAAAAACCAAUUUAUAGGGCAUAAAUCCCAGAUUUCUAUGUAGAAAACCUGUGCUUAAUUGCAUGAGUGUCAAGGGACAAUCCCUGGUUAUCAAGGAUAAUGUUUAUGUUGUUGCUUCUGCUUCUUAAUUAAACUAUAGUAAUAUUGCUUUUCGAGUUUCGUGAAUUCUGUACAUUUUGUCUGUGUGUCUUUUUGAUUCCUUUGAUGAAACCCAACCUUAUUUCAUGGAGGUUCAAAGCACUAUAUCUUGAUAAGUGCUCCUGUAAUCUAUUUUGUCCCCUAGAUAGGCUCUUGCUUGGUCUUUUUGUUUGUGUAUAUAAAAAGUUUGUUCUAAACGGAGGUUAUGGCCUUAUGGGUUUGUUAAAUGGGCAUGGAGCCUUUGAAGUUGAAAGACAUGGAUGGUGGGUUUUAUUCUGCUUGGAAGCAUGGUUCCUUGCUGGAUUAUUUGGAAGAAGACCAAGAGUUGAAACCAGUGGCAUCUCUUCCAGCAAUCCCGCAACCACAAACACCAAAAGAGCCUAUGGAGUUCUUAUCUAGAUCUUGGAGUCUUUCUGCUUCAGAGAUUUCAAAAGCUCUGGCACAGAAACAGAGACAAUGUUUCACUGACAAACAACCCAAUAUGUUCCCAGCUGAUACAGUUGCUGCACCACAAUUAUCAGGGAAGAUAAUAAAUUCGAUAAAUUCAAGAAAGAUAGGAUCAAUGGGAAAGUGGUUCCACCACAAGGAGCUUAGCGGUAGCACAGUGAAGAAGAAAGAUAAGGCACGCAUGGAAAAUGCACAUAUGCAUUCUGCUAUAUCUGUUGCUGGACUAGCUGCAGCCUUAGCUGCUGUGGCAGCUGCAGGAAACUCCAGCGGUUCUGGAUCGAAAAUGAGUAUGGCUUUGGCCUCACCCACAGAACUCCUGGCAUCACAUUGCAUAGAAUUAGCAGAAUCAGCUGGAGCUGAUCAUGAUCGUGUGGUUUCUGUUGUGAGAUCAGCAGUGAACAAUCAGAGUCCAGGUGAACUAAUGACCCUCACUGCAGCAGCUGCAACAGCCUUGAGGGGAGAAGCAGCACUAAAAGCAAGAUUGCCAAAAGAAGCAAGAAAAAAUGCAGCUAUAAGUCCUUAUGAUAGGGGAAUAGCAGAAACUCACUGGGGUUCUGCUAACAUUGGUGAAGUAGCAGAACAGGCUCCCUGCGUUGGAGAAGUAUUGCAACACACAAGAAAAGGAGUGCUGCGAUGGAAACACAUUUCAGUCUACAUCAACAAGCAAUCACAGGUCAUAAUUAAGAUCAAAAGCAAACACGUUGGAGGAGCCUUCUCCAAGAAGCAAAAAUGUGUUGUUUAUGGGGUCUGCGAUGAGACUACAGCGUGGCCAUACAGAAGAGAAAGAGGAAGCUCUGAAGAAGUAUAUUUUGGCCUUAAAACUGCACAGGGUCUUCUAGAGUUCAAGUGCAAGAGCAAGAUCCAUAAGCAGAGAUGGGUUGAUGGGAUUCAAAAUCUUCUUCGUCAAGUCAGUUGUGUUGAAGCAACUGAACGCUCCAUGGAAUUUCUAAGUCUGAGCAAUAGGGUAUAGUAUGUGAUACAUUUUGGUUUGUCCACCAAGACCAAGAGUAGGGACACAUGAAAGUUGACUAAUGAUCUAUAGUAUGUCGACAUGGUAUACGCGUGAAAAUUUUCUUCCCCGUUACACAGAUAAUAUAAGGAAUUAAACUCAA